UGCCGGGGCCGCUCACUCACUCGGAGUUCUCCUCCCCGGGGCGCGUGUCUCCUCGGGGCCCUGAGGUACCGAGCGGGGCCGCCACCACCUUGCGCGAGGCGGAUGGAGGCGCCGCCGCCGGCCCCUCGGAGCUUCCCUUCCAGGGCGCCGAGUCCUUUCCCCCGGGUCUUUGCUGCUGAUAAGGGGGCUGCCGAGUCGGAAGCCCCUGCAGAGCAUCGGAAGCUGCCCUCCUACAUCCCAGGACGCUCUUACCCGGAAUCCGGAUGGGACCGUCUCCGGGAGCUGUUCCUCAGAGAUGAGCAGCAGAGAAUUUCAAAGGAACUUGAGAAUAUCUACAGGGCAACACUUUCAGCAGGCAUCAUUGGCUGGGCUUACGGUGGAAUACCAGCUUUUGUUCAUGCUAAACAGCAGUACAUUGAGCAGAGCCAGGCGCAGAUCUAUCACAACCGGUUUGAUGCUGUGCAAAGUGCACACCGCGCUGCCACGCGGGGCUUCAUUCGCUAUGGGUGGCGCUGGAGUUGGAGAACCGCCUUGUUCGUGACUAUAUUCAACACGGUGAACACCAGUCUAAAUGUGUACCGAAAUGAAAAUUCCCUAAGCCAUUUUGUCAUUGCAGGAGCUGUCACAGGAGGUAUUUUCAGAAUAAACUUAGGUCUGCGAGGCCUGGUGGCUGGUGGCGUAAUUGGAGCCUUGCUGGGCACCCCUUUUGGAGGCCUGGUAGUGCUACUUCAGAAGUACUGUGGUGAGACUCUUCAGGAGAGGAAACAGAAGGACCGACAGGCGCUCCAUGACCUCCAGCUGGAAGAGUGGAAAGCCAGACUACAAGUUACUGAGAUCCUCCCCAAGGAAAUUGAAAGUAGCUUACACAGCAGUCAAACUGAGGAUGAUGCUAAGAAAAUUGAAGUUCUGCUAAACCUUCCUAGGAACCCUUCAUCAAAAGAUAAAGAAGACAGAGACUGAGAGGGCCUGGACUUGAAGUGCGAUGUCGAAUUACAGGAGCUGUGUGGCCGUGCCCAUUGAAAGCCAGGUGGCCUCCUGUGGUAGCAGUGACCCACACUUAUCAUUAUUAAAUACACUUUUUUCUUAAACCAAUUCUUGGUACAAUAGAACUCUCACUUAUCCUUCAAUUUAAAUACAUACAUUUUGAUCUGUUGAUCGGCCUAUAUACAAAAAUUUCUUUUCCCUUCAUGUUACAGAAGUAAAAUAAAACAUUUCCCAAAAGGUGGAAGUAUA